AAUGGUGGCCAGUGUACUUUUGUUCCUUUCGUAUACCCAUCGCUCUUCAUUGCGCAAUUACAUUUCACCAUUGCUUUCUCCUUUGAGUUAAAUCUACCAUCACAAGGCGCAAAAAAUAAUGACCAGUUCUUCUUCUGCUGUAGCUCGCAAGGCUCUCAGUAAGAUUGCCUGCAAUAGGCUUCAGAAGGAACUCGUUGAGUGGCAGGUUAAUCCUCCCGCUGGUUUCAAACGCAGAGUCACUGACAAUCUCCAGCAGUGGGUUGUUGAAGUGACCGGAGCUCCUGGGACACUUUAUGCUAAUGAAACCUAUCAACUUCAAGUUGACUUUCCCGAGCAUUAUCCUAUGGAAGCUCCCCAGGUUGUCAUUUUUUUGCAUCCAGCUCCAUUGCAUCCCCAUAUAUACAGCAAUGGGCAUAUUUGUCUAGAUAUAUUGUAUGAUUCGUGGUCCCCAGCAAUGACAGUUAGUUCUAUAUGCAUCAGUAUUCUCUCAAUGCUUUCAAGCUCAACUAUGAAGCAACGUCCUGAAGAUAAUGACCGCUAUGUAAAGAACUGCGGAAAUGGCAGAUCUCCUAAGGAGACAAGGUGGUGGUUCCAUGAUGAUAAAGUAUAAUAACUGGUUUUCCUUAAUAAUUUUACAGUAUAGGCUAUCCAUUUGGAAGAAAAAUGAAGACAAGGAGAUGGCAUUCUGAAAAUCGGGGAUCUAGGUUUAAUGCAUAACUAUUCUGUAAAUUGGCAUUUCCUGGUAGUUGUAAAUUAAGAGUAAACAGAAUCUCAAGGAACCUGAAGGAGGAAACAAACUUGAAAAGUUGUAGUUAUGAUAUGAGGUCGUUGGAUUUGGAUAUAGAUACUUGACUACCUCCCAAGAUCGACAAUUGAUUAUGAUCAGUGCUUUUGAUUCUUAUGAUUUCGUGUGUUCUGCUAAUUGCUAAUUUUGUCCGACA